GGCGAUCAGAGCAUUUACCCUAUUAUAAUGAAGAUAAAUGAUUAGUCCAUUAAAAUCUCCACUAACUCUGUGUGCAGUGGGUGUGGUUUAAACUGAAAUGACGAACUUAGGAUCCGGAUUGGCACGAAGCAAUGACAUCAACAAGAAUGCGCCGGGGGGGGGAUUCGCGAGCCACGAAUACGAGAGAAAACUGCGCCGUGUAAUUCUAGUCCAUUCUUGAUCUUAAUCAACGAGUUACCUAGACUUUUAAUUCUACCGAUGAUUGUGCAUGAAAGUUACAUUGAAGUAUAUGUCUCAUUUUAUCUCAGUCUAUUUGGUAAUAAUAAUUUUUCCUUUUGCCUGUGAGAAGGAUUUGAGAAGGAUCUAAACAUCAGGCCAUCCUUUUUUGCGAUUUGUAUUUUAGGUGACUGUAUUACAUCUAUCAAUUUUUCGUUUGAAGCGUACGGGAAUAAAAACACCUAAGUUACUGUUCAGUACAAAAACCUCAGAGUAUCUUGCCCCCGAUUUCCUGACUUCUUUUCUCGGUUUUGCUUUUUGUUUCCACAGCGCAGUGGUCAUAUCAUAAGCUGUGUCGCCAUGGUUUUGAAGUAUGGCAUGUCACGGAGCUCCAUGGCCAAAUCAAUCGUUCUUACUGUUAUCAAGUAACCUACUAUUUUACACCUAUUCACGCCAGGAGGUAGUUACCCAUGCGUGAAGGACAAAUCCGGAUAUAGUCCAUGCCCAGCAAUGCAGUGCAUCUUUGGUACGGUGUGGUGCUGCUGACAGCCUGUUUGUUAAAGCGCUUUAAGCAGGGUGUUGAACACCACGGCCGAUCGACCACACGAUAGGCCCCCGUAAUGUAAAUAAAAGUUUAUCACCGCAUUAAAGUGGCAGUCGAGUUUCAAGGGCCGAAGAAACGGUGACCAGCUCAACGGUGACUCGCACGCUGAGUAGCCACGUUUAGUAACAGUACGGUUCAGACUUUUUCAGAAGUAAAUAGUACAGCGACGGUACACCCCCUACGCUCACUUCGGUACGUGCCCGGGCUAGCCCACUGACGUGACGUAGGCUUGUCCAUCGCUUACGUGGUUAUAUAACGGACAACGACACCAUGAAAUAAUAGAUUCGAGUGCUUUAGUUGAAGAAAAACCGAAAAAGAAAGGAGUUAAGCCUACUGUCUUUUGCAGUCGUCGUCCAUGCUGAUCAUCCUGAACACUGGCGAGAAGUCAUCCGCGUGAGCUCAGCAGGAAAUACUCCUCAAACUUCUUCAAAAAUAUGGCCAACCGGUCAUCAUCCAUAAGAACUGCACUGGGCGUGUUCUUGGUUCUGUGGUUGUGGGUCGCGCUAUUGUCGGGUCCGGGUGCUGAGGCUGCGGUAAGGAACAAGCGACAGGAUGCCAGCACAGCCGAUGCCGACGAUCAGCCCCGAAUGGUGACCAAUGAUGGGCAUCUUAUCUUUCAGACAGGAAGCAAUCACAACAUCAGCUUCAAACCAACAGGCAGCGGCCGUGUUGUCUUCGGAGACUAUGAUCUCAUGGAUGUGGUCAAUAAGGCAUCGGACAACGAACGUGACAUUAAUCUCCUGAAAACGCGGGUUUCAGCACUGGAGAACCAAGGAACUGGCAAUCUGGAAACCAGGGUUGCGACUUUGGAGCAACAAGUGCAGAUGCUGACCAAUAAUUUGAAUAGUAAUGACUGUCAGAACAAUCCUUGUCAACAUGGAGGCACCUGCAUCAAUUUGUAUCAGGGCUACCAAUGUCGCUGUGUAGCUGGCUGGCAGGGUGAUACCUGUAAUGAGGAUGUCAACGAGUGUGCCAUCAUCGUCGGAACAGAGGACGAAUGCCAGAACUCUGGAACAUGUGUCAACACUGCAGGAAGUUUCCGAUGUCAGUGUGAGCCCGACUGGUUCGGUCCGCAGUGCACCAUCAAAUACGAUGACUGCAGUACGGCAUCUCAUGAUGACUUGUGUGGGCAUGGCUACUGCGUCAAUGAUCCCAGGGUUGUCGCGGGAAGACCCAAAUACUCCUGCAUCUGCGUGGAAGGUUGGCAGACGGACGGCACCAGCAACCCAGCCUGUAUCCAGGACGUUGAUGAAUGCUCUGGUAGGGAGUACCCCUGCUCGUCAGAUCCCCUUGUCCAGUGUAUCAACGUGCCCGGCACUUACUACUGUGGUACCUGUCCUACAGGCUACACCGGUAAUGGGCACCAGUGCAAUGAUGUGAAUGAAUGCUUAACAAACAACGGCGGCUGCUCCGUCUCGCCACUGGUGCAGUGCACCAACACACCAGGAUCGAGGCAGUGUGGCCCGUGCCCCAUAGGCUACAUCGGUGAUGGUGUAGUAUGCACUUAUGUGGGUGUUUGCCAGCAGAAUAAUGGAGGCUGUUCACCUUAUGCCACUUGUUCCGAAAACUCAGGAGUGCCAAGCGGGCGCAUCUGCACCUGCAAUCCGGGCUACACGGGUAACGGGGAGGGCCCCAGCGGGUGCGUGCCCUCUACAGGGCCGACCUGCCAGGACAACCCCUGCGUCAACGGGCGCUGCGAGACCCUGGGCAGCAGCUUCCGCUGCGUCUGCGACCCAGGCUGGCAGGGCGACCGCUGCGGCCAGGACAUUGACGAGUGUGCUAGCACGCCCUGUGACAAUGGUGGCACCUGCCACAACCUCAUCAACGGCUUUGACUGUGACUGUGCGGAUGGAUUCAGCGGAGAUCGCUGCCAGGAGACCCAGCAGUCUUGUGGUGGAUAUCUGAACGGAGCUACUGGUUAUUUUGAGUUCCCGCCUCUUGGCCAAGUCUACGAUCAUGGCCUGAGUUGUGCCUGGGUCAUCACCGUUGAUGCCGACAAGGUUAUUUAUAUCACCUUUGCACGCUUCAAGCUGGAGUACCAUCCGAACUGCGACUUCGACUUCCUCCAGAUCAAUGACGGUGACUCGGCCAGCGACCAGCCCCUGGGCCGCUUCUGCGGCGACACGCCCCCCAGUGCCAUCACCAGUACCCACAACCAACUGUACUUCUGGUUCCGCUCAGACGGCAGUGUCAGCUAUGAGGGCUUUGGGAUCAACUGGGCCAGCCAAGACCCCGUCUGCGGUGGAGAUUUGUCCAAUAGUAACCACGGCAGUAUCAACUCCCCCGGUUACCCUGGCAACUACCCAAUCAACCGAGACUGCGUCUGGACUGUCACGGUGGAUGCAGGGCUGUACAUCACCUUUGCCUUUGGCACACUGCAGCUUGAGCACCACGACACCUGUGCUUACGACUACCUUGAGAUCCGAGAUGGUCUGACUGAGAGUGCACCUUCCCUUGGCAAAUUCUGCAGCACCACUACCCCGGCUCCGGUACAGACCACAGGCCCAUAUGCUUUUGUCCGUUUCCACAGCGACGGAUCACUGACGGACACAGGAUUCCAUAUAACCUACACGUCAACAUCCAUUGCUCCUCAGUGCGGUGGGGCCCUGACAGCGGACAGUGCCAUCAUCAUAUCCCCCAACUACCCCAACCCGUACCCUCAUGACGUUGAGUGUAUCUGGACCGUACAGAUCCAAGACAAUGGCAGGAUCAAGUUCACCAUCACUGACUUGUCCAUCGAGGAGCAUGCCAACUGUGUCUAUGACUAUGUGGAGGUGAGAGAUGGUUUUGAUGAGACGGCAGCCUUUGUCGGACGCUACUGCCAUGCCGAUGCCAUCCCGCCCCCGUUUGUCUCCACAGCCAACACGCUGUGGGUCAAGUUCAAGUCGGAUGUGUCGGUCAGUGCUGGCGGAUUCCGGGCCACCUAUGAAUUGGACUGUGGUGGUGUGUAUACCGAUCCAUCACAGGAUCUGAUCUCCCCCUACUUCCCCAACUACUACCCCCAUGACAAGACCUGCGAGUACGUCAUCAAUGCCCCGCAGGGUCAGGUGGUCGUGCUGACCUUUGUGACCUUCGACAUUGAGGCCCACCUGAACUGCGACUACGAUUACCUAGAGGUCCGCGAUGGUGCGUCAGAAGAUGCCACUCUCAUCAGCAAGCUGUGCGGCACUGCCCUGCCAUCAGACCAAACCUCUAACGGAAACUCUAUGUACCUGAAAUUUGUGACUGAUGGGUCGGUGGCCAACUAUGGGUUCCGGGCCACGUUCAGUUUUGAGGAUGCUGGCCCAGGAAGUUGUGGAGGCCAAUUCACCGGCGACACCGGUAUUAUUGCCUCACCGCCCCACCCCCAGGGCUAUCCCCACGGCGUCAACUGCAUCUAUGUUAUCACUGUGUCCGAUGGCUACGUCAUCCGGCUGACGUUUAACUCCUUCAGCCUGGAGAGCGCCACCAACUGCAUCUUCGACUAUGUGCAGAUCUACGACAAUGCCACCAACGCUGCCUCGCCAGACUUGGGCAGGUACUGCGGCAGCGACUCCCCUCCAGUUCUGACCACCUCGGGCAACAUCAUGACAGUCAUCUUCCACACCGAUAGUAGCGUGGCCCGCGAGGGCUUCACUGCAAACUACGUGGCCCUGGAUGCCACCACUGUUUGUGGUGGUGACCUCACCACGCCCACCGGCGUCAUCACCACGCCCAAUUACCCAGACGACUAUCCACACAACCGCCAGUGUGUCUGGGUCAUAUCGGUCCCAACAGGCCAGCAGAUCAGUGUCAACUUCACUGACUUCGACUUGGAGCAGCAUUUCAACUGUGCCUUCGAUUACGUAGAGCUGAGGAAUGGAGGCUAUGCUACGUCCCCACUGAUUGGCACAUUCUGUGGCAGCAGCAUCAACCCGACCAUGUACACCUCCCACAGCAACAAGAUGUACAUCAAGUUUGAGUCGGACUUCUCCCUAUCUGCCCGCGGCUUUUCUCUGGCCUACGAUGGAACUGCUACAGGAUGUGGUGGCAGCCUGACCACACCAACUGGCAGCUUUGUCUCCCCCAACUACCCCUUCCCCUACGGCCACAACGCCGAGUGCUUCUGGCUGAUCACCGCCAACCAGGGCAGCACGCUCUACCUCACCUUCGCCGACUUUGACGUGGAGACCCACAGCUCCUGUUACUACGACUACGUCAGGGUUUUCGAUGGCCUGACCGAGAACGACCCCAUCCUGGGAACAUACUGCGGCACAGACUUGCCCCCACCGAUCCAAUCCACCAGCAAUGGCCUGAGAGUCAAGUUCAGGACGGACUACUCAGUCAGCGGAUCUGGCUUCCAUGCUGCCUAUCAGACCAACUGUGACCACGUCCGGCUGACCGACUACAAUGGGGUCAUCGAGAGCCCCAACUUCCCGGACCCCUACCCUCACAACCGGGACUGUACCUGGAUCAUUGUGACCACAGAAGGAAACACUGUCAAUCUGACCUUCACUACCUUGGAGCUGGAGUUUCACUCUACCUGUUCCUACGACUACAUCGAAGUUCGUGAUGGUCAAGACGACGAUUCCCCACUGAUCGGUAGCCAGCUGUGUGGUCAGAACCUCCAGCCUGAAGAUAUGUUCUUUACUAGCACCAGCCAGUACCUGCUGAUCAAAUUCCACUCGGAUUCCUCGGUGGCCGAUGCUGGAUUCCAGGCCAGUUACGUUAUCAACGGCUGCGGUGGUGUGCUGACGGAGAACACAGGAACUUUGAGCAGUCCCAACUACCCCAACCACUAUGACCACAACCGCGUCUGCACCUGGACCAUCACCGUGGACUUUGGCCAUGCCAUCACCCUGACCAUCACUGACUUUGAUGUGGAGGCCAGCAACAACUGCAACUUUGACGCCCUGAAGGUUUAUUCAGGAACUGAUGCCAAUGGUCAAUUGCUGGCCCAGAUCUGCCAUACGCAGACAUCCCCACAACAAAUUUCCACGACAGGCAGGAAUAUGUUUGUUUACUUCAGGACCGACUCCAGCAUCAACGGGCGUGGAUUCACUGCCAACUACCAAUCCAUCGAUGGAGGAUGCGGUGGCAACUUCUCCACUCCGACUGGAGACUUCCACUCUCACAACUAUCCCAACAACUACGACCACAACACCGACUGUACCUGGCUGAUUACGGUUGCUGAGGAUCACCGGGUCAAGCUGACCUUCCUUGACUUCCAGCUGGAGGGAGCAUCAUGUCAAUACGACUAUGUCAGGGUCUAUGAUGGUCCAUCCUUAAACUACCCUGUCCUUCUGACCCAGUGCGGGGACGGCCUACCUGACCCACCUACCAUUUACUCCUCAGACAGGCAGAUGUUCAUCCGCAUGCUGGCCGACGGAAGCGUCUCACGGCGCGGCUUCCACGCCACCUAUGAGACAGCAUGCGGCGGUCGUCUGGAUGCCACACAGACGGGCGUCGUCAAGUCAACCAAUUAUCCCAGUACCUACCCGGCUUAUCAGAAUUGCACUUGGAUCAUCGAAUCGGCCAAUCCUGGUGACCGCGUCACUCUAACCUUCAGCCACGUGGACAUUGAAGCGUCGCCCAAUGGCUGUGAGCAUGAUGUGCUCACCAUACGUGAGGGGAACGACGAGAACGGGCCUGUGAUCAGUGAGAUUUGUGGGACAACUUUGCCUGCGCCUAUCACCUCCUUUGGUGCUGCGCUGACCGUAACCUUCACAUCAGACAGCUCCGUCGAGCAGACCGGUUUCAGAUUUACAUAUUCCACAUCGCUCUCGGUUUGUGGUGGUGAUAUUACAGCCACCGAUGGUGCCUUCUCAAGUCCCGGCUAUCCGGCCAACUACCCGGUGGACACUGAGUGCGUCUGGACCAUCCAGUCAUCGCCUGGUAACCAGGUCCAGGUGUCCUUCAGUGUUUUCAACCUGGAGAGCAUCUGCAUUCAUGACUACCUAGAGGCCAGGGUCGGGAAUGAGAACGGCACCUUGAUCGGUCGCUUCUGUGGCCCCCGCAGGCCCAGCAACCUGACUGCGUCGGGCUCCAUGUGGCUGAAGUUCCGCUCCGACGCCAGCGGAACCGGAGUUGGGUUCCUGGCUAAUUUUGCUCAAGUUUUUGGCGGCACACUCAUAGCACCUACUGGGCAGAUUGCUUCUCCACUGUACCCCAAUAACUACCUCAACAACCUGGAUGUUGUCUGGAGCAUCUAUGUGUCUGGCAGUGCACGUGUCCGCAUUACGUUCACCCAAUUCAGCGUGGAGCCAGGAUUUAAUCUGUGCAACUAUGACGCCCUUGAGGUCUACGAUGGACCCGACACCCAGGCGUCCCUCAUCUUGUCGGCCUGCGACACCAGCCUGCCAAAUCCUGUGGAGUCCAGUGGCAGCGUGGCUACCCUGAGAUUCCGCACCGACGGCUCGGUAGUCAGCAGCGGCUGGCUGCUGAAUUGGAUUGAGGUGACCGGGACAGUAAUCCCGUCUACUCUACCACCUAACCAAUGCGGCGGCGUACUGGCAGCCAUGGACACCGCCCAGACCUUCUCCUCACCUAAUUACCCCAACGGCUAUGGACACAAUCUGGACUGCUACUGGCUGAUUGAGGCUGACCCAGGCCGGACCGUCCGGCUGGAGUUCACCGACAUCAAUCUCGAGCCGCACCCCUCCUGCUUCUUUGACUACAUCCAGCUGUACGAUGGCUCUGUCGCUGACCCCUCCAGCAGCCUGGUCACGCACUGUGGCCGAGUGGAUCCCUUGCCCAAUCCUGUUUUCUCCACGUCCAACACCAUGUACGCCGUCUUCCACUCAGACAAUUCCGUCAACGGCACCGGCUUCCAAGCUUCAUACCAGUCCUAUUGCGGUGGCAACAUCAUCUCCCAGGCUGGCACCAUCACCAGCCCUCUCUACCCCUCAAACUACCCCAACAACCAGGACUGCGUCUGGGUGGUGCAGGCCACAACAGGCUCUACUAUCCAAGUCACAUUCCAGAGCAGUUUCAACAUUGCCACCAGCAGCAACUGUCAGAACGAUUACGUUCAGCUGUACAAUGGCGGUGAGGACACGUCCCCACCCCUGGGCAGCUCUACCACAGGUCGUUACUGCGGCUCCACGGCACCAGCUCAGAUGGAGACUAGCAGCAACCUGCUGAGAGUCAAGUUCCACUCAGACGCCUCUGGUGUAGCCACCGGAUUCAGCUUUUCCUUCUUGGCUCAGCAACAGGGAUGUGGGGGAGCAGUCAGUCUGUCCGACGUGUUGCCGAGUACCGACAUCAUGUCUCCUAACUACCCCUCCAACUAUCCGCAGAGCGUGGAGUGCAUUUGGAUUGUCACAGCCCCUGCCGGUCAGGCCAUCCGCAUGACCUUUGACCCACAGUUCUACAUUGAACCCCACCCUAGCUGUGUCUACGACUACUUGGAGAUCCUGGAUGGAUCCAGUCAGUCAGCCAGUCAGAUUGGUCGUUACUGUGGUAGCACCGCCCCAGCUCCAGUAGCCACAACGGGCAACGCAGCCUACCUGAGGUUCCGGACUGACACCAGUGUGGCACAUACCGGCUUUAAACUGACUGCCCAAAUCGCCUCUUGUGGAGGUACCAUCUCGGGCACCAGUGGCACCAUCACCUCACCGGGCUUCCCGGGCACCUACAGCAACAACCUGGACUGCAUCUGGACCAUCCGUGCCCCAGACGGCCACUACAUGACCUUCACAUUUGACAGCAACUUCAACAUUGACAACAAUGCGGCCGACUGCUCGGGCGUCGGUGACGUGCUGGUGGUCAACGAUGGCAGGAAUUCCUCAGCAUUUGAGCUGGCACGGGUCUGUGGUAACGUCGCUCCUUCGAGCUUUGACACGUCCAGCAACUAUGCCUUGGUUCACUUCACCACGGACGGUGCGAGUGUUGCCACUGGGUUCAGCCUCAGCUUCCAGUCUAGUUCAGAGGUGUGUGGCGGUGACUUUGCCACAGCGACAGGUACCUUCACGUCCCCCGAUUAUCCCCAGCAGUACUCUCACUCACGCGUCUGCGAGUGGCGCAUCACUGUCGCGGUGGGACAGGUCGUCACGCUCUCCUUUGAUGACUUUGAGCUGGAAAGCGGUGGCCAGGCCUGCCCGUUUGACUAUGUGGAGGUGUUCAACGGUUUGGAGGACGACGCCCCUAGCUUGGGCCGAUUCUGUGGCAACACCCCCCCUCAGGCUCUGGUCUCCACCAGCAACACCAUGCGUGUGGUCUUCUUCACUGAUGGCAGUGUAGCAUUUAGAGGCUUCUCUGCACGAUACGACUCCCAGGAUCCUUCGGUAUGCGGAGCCCUCAUCAACCUGAAUCCAGGCAGCACAGGCUCCUUCUCAAGCGUUGGCUACCCGGCCCUCAACUACACCAACAACCUGAACUGCCAGUGGCUGCUGGCCAACCAAGCCACAGUCAACACCUCCCUCUACCUGAGCUUCGAUGCAGCCUUUGACAUCGAGGGAAACCCCAGCUGUAGUUUUGACGUCCUGGAAAUAUAUGCAGGAGUUGACACCAACUCGCCGUUGGUCGGAUCCUUCUGUGGCUCCUCACCACCCGAUCCUGUUGCCAUCCCGCAGCCCUCCGCCUUUGUGCGUUUCACCACAGACAGCAGCAUUAUCGGCAGAGGGUUCCAGAUCCUCUACUCGGCUUCCGAGUGCGGAGGCCUAGUCACCGGUACUAGUGGCGUCAUAACCAGUCCUAACUACCCUGACCAAUAUGACCAUAAUGACCACUGUGCCUGGCUCAUCCAGGCUCCUCCGGGUACCACUGUCACGCUGACUUUCACUGCAUUCGACAUCGAAUCACAUUCUCGGUGCCAGUACGACUACCUCUCAGCCCGCAACGGUGGCACGGUGGAGUCCCCGCAGCUCUCUGGGGAGGACCCAUGGUGUGGCAGCACCGCUCCAGCGUCCAUCACCACUGCCAGCAAUGAGGUGUUCAUGGUCUUCAUGACAGAUGCCAGUGCUUCAGCCAGCGGAUUCCGCCUGGAGUGGACCACGGCCACCAGAGGCUGUGGGGGUACCUACCAUGGAAACACUGGCACCUUCCAGACCACCAACUAUCCUAACGCCUAUGUGGCCAACGAGGAAUGCUUCUGGGUCCUGAUGGUGGAGAGUGGCUAUAACGUCCAGGUUGCCUUCAACACCUUCAAUGUGGCAUCCGGCGAUAGUGUCACGGUGUAUGAUGGAGACAGUGACACUGACACCGUCUUGGGCACUUUCUCAGGCACCACAGUGCCCGCACCAGUCAGCUCCUCCCUGAAUGUCAUCGCGGUCAAGUUCCGCAGUGAUGGCAGCAACCAAGGCACAGGCUUCCAGGCUGCCUGGUCCACGGGCUGUGGAGCCACAUUCACCGGUGUGACCAAUGGCCGCAUCGUGUCGCCGGGUUACCCCGACCGUAACUACCCCAACAGUAUCACCUGCGAAUACGUCAUCAACUGGGACCCACAACAGAGUCUGGGACUUAUGUUCAGCGACCUCUUCGCAAUUGAAACUUCUUCCAACUGCGUCUUUGACGGUCUUCAGAUCUGGGCAGGUACUGAUGACACCGGAGACAUGAUUGGCAACUACUGCGGUACUCAGGCUCCCACCAACAUGCUGUGGAUGGGGUCGGUAUUCAUGAGGUUCCACACGGACAGCAGUAUAAAUGAUGUCGGCUUUGGACUGGAUUUCGAGCCUGGAUGCGGAGGAACGUUCACUGGGUCUUCAGGGGUGGUGCAGACCCCCCAGCACCUGGACACCUACCGACACGACCAGAACUGCAGCUGGCUGAUCACGGUCAGUGACCAGCGCUCCGUCUCUCUCAAGUUUUCUAGCAUGGAUAUUGAGCUCCACCCAGCCUGCAGUUAUGACUAUAUUGAGAUCUAUGACGGUGCAGAUGAUUCCGCCCCCCUGCUAGUGAGCCGUCUCUGUGGAAACACACCGCCUGCUGACGCCAUCAUCAGCACCAGCAACUCCAUGCUGGUUCGCUUUGUCUCCGACUUCUCGGUGUCGGGUGAGGGCUUCCAGGCCGCGUAUCAAGAAGUCAUCGGGCCCGCCCUAGGCUGUGGAGGCAACUUCAACACUCCCACCGGAAUCAUCUCCAGUGUAUCCCUCUCGGGUGGUGACUAUGAGAAUAACCUGGACUGUGUCUACUAUGUCACCGCGGAAACCAACAAAGUCGUCCAGAUUACCUUCCUGGGCACGUUCAACAUAGAGGGAAACCAGCCCGGCAGUUGCCCCUACGAUUUCUUGGAGAUUCGUGAUGGAUUCGGCAGCCAGGCCCCCCUGAUCGGAUACUACUGUGGCAGUUCAGUCCCAUCUCCCAUCACCCUCUCCACCAACCAAGCCUACUUCCGCUUCUACACUGACUCCUCCAUCACCUAUUCUGGGUUCUCGUUCAAUUACUCGUCUGUUGAUCCUGUCUGCGGCGGGACGUUCAAUGCCACCAACACCCCUCAGACAAUCACUUCACCCAACUACCCCAGCAACUACCCGCACAACAUCCGCUGCACUUGGUACAUCGGGGCGCCAGUGGACACCCACGACCAUGUCCGCAUCAGGGUCAACAUGUUCGACGUGGAGGACCACAGCAACUGCUUGUAUGACUACCUGGAGUUUAGAGACUACCCGAUUAGUUACGGUCAGCCGCUGCGAUACUGUGGGAGUGACAUACCUCCAGUGUAUGAUUCCGUCGGCACCACGGCACAGAUCUACUUCAUGACUGACCAAUCCUCCAGCGGAUCUGGCUUCUCGCUGACCUAUGCCAUAGCUGAUUGCAACAAGAACUACACAGGAACCAACGGCCGUGUCACUAGCCCGGGCUAUCCCACAUUCUACCAUGAAAAUUACAACUGUCAGAUCAGGAUAACGGCGCCCGCGGGCAGCUACCUGACGCUGUACUUCACCGAGCUCAACAUCGAAUACCACCCCGAUUGCCAGUACGACAGCUUGACGAUCUACAAUGGAUCAGACAGCACAGAGGCACAGCUGUACAAUCUUUGCGGCAAUUUCAUCCCCGAGCCUGUCUUCCUCCCGGCCAAUGCUGCCUAUCUUAACUUUGUCACCGAUAGCUCCGUCAAUUAUGCCGGCUUUGACUUGACCUACACAUCCAGCACAGUCUCCUCAGGUUGCGGUGGGCCCCUGAGUGGCAGGAGGGGUAGUUUCACCAGUCCUGCCCACCCCUUCGAGUACGCCAAUAACCUGGACUGCGGCUGGUCCAUCGAGGUGCCCAGUGGGGGCAACCAGCUGACCCUGGAGAUCACAGCUCUGGGAGUGGAAGGCACAGAAGGGGUGUGCAACGAGGAUUACCUGGAGGUGUACGACGGGCCCAGCUCUUCGUCACUCCUCUAUGGCCGCUACUGCGGAUUGAGGCAACCGGCAGUGAUAACAGCUUCCAACCGGCAGAUGUUUGUGCGAUUUGUGACUGAUGCCCAGAACGCCCCCAACAACGGCACUUUCAGUGGCUUCCGAGCGGUGUACAGCAGUUGAGCUCUUCGUCUGUAAGACAAGGAGAGGGGAUUCUGAGAAAAAGGUAACAGGAACAAACGACAUGAAAUCAACCUGAUGUGUAAAAUCCUCCCUGAUGUGAUUACUGGACUCUUUAUAUCAUCUGUUUCUGGAAAUGUGCCCAGCAUAUCUGUUUGUCUGUCAUUUUCUCUAUUAAAAGAAAAAAGUCAGGGUCACUUGUGACCGUGAGUAAAUUUAAAAAAAAUAAAGAUAACAAAAAUUGAUACAGAUAACUAAAUACACAGAAUGGAUAUUUGUAAUCAAUAUUCUCCCUUAUAUUUUUCCGUACUGGUGUGUGCAAGGCUCAUGCUGAUUCUUGUGAUCAAUUUAUUUUUCUAAUCACUGUAAAAAGGCUGAAUGUUCUUUUUUUGUGUGUUAUUUUUGUUUUCUGUUAGAUUAAGUUGUCACACUUAAGUGAUCUGCAGGUUUUCAAGAAGAGUUGCUUUGGGGGUGUUUUGUGUGUGUUCUCAAAGGAGUUUGUGUUCAUUGGAAAUUCUUGAGCAGAUUUAACAGCGAUGGAUCGAUCACUAAUCUGACUUUAAAAACUGCAAGUAUCAACAACAAAAUCUGGGUUUUACACAUAUCAAGUCAUAUCUAAGAGCUCUACCCUCCACCCUAACAGUAACUUUAAGGAAAGCCAACAAGAACCAAUCUCAAGCAAACCCAAACACACAGACAGUAAGCCUGUGUUUGACUGUGCUUCCUUUGGUAAGGUGGCCUUGUGCGAUGAUGACCCCUGCAUUGCUAGAAAGCAUCUUGGAGCUGCUGAUAUUCAUCAGCUAGCAUAUUCAGCGCUACAUAAAAACAAACAAACAAAAAAUCAAAGACAGAUAUGUUAGACCAUCACAGAAACGAGGGAGGGUGGCUCCAUUGUUGGGGGUUUGCAACUCAGGAGUCAGUGGGUUUAGGAGUUCGAAUCCAGCUGCAGGCUGUAUGUUGUGUUCUUGAGCAAGCCACUUUGCCCCAAGGAGGAGGGGCAGGCAGUAUGCUGGGUCAUGUGGUGCCAAAGAAAAAUAGGAAAAAUUUCCAGAUGAGCCACAUUGGCUUGGAAGGAACCGUGCCCUAAACAAGAGGCUGUGAUGCCAUGUCACUAUUAAUGGAGACUCCCUUCUCAUACCUGACUUUGGCGUGACUGCUGCAUUUUGAUUAUUACAUGUCAAAUCUUGUACAUAACAUUCCAGACGACAUCUUUUCUUCUUUUCUUUUUGGUAUAAAUUGUUUAAUUUGAAUUUAUAUUUUUUCUCUUUGCUGUCCAAAUUUCCAGAUUUUUUUCUGGGAAUGGCUAAGUGUUGGAAUAUUCACAGUACCGUUUGUUACAAAUAAUGGAUCUCCUCUGUCGUAAAAAUACACUUGUAUCAUGUAGUAUUGUGGCAAGGCUGUUAAAACUCAUCUUAGGCAUAAACCUUUAUAAAAGUACUUUAUUCCCAGUACGUCAUGCCUGAUUGAUAAUGUAUAAUUUACCAACAAAUUGAAAGGAUAAUGCUUCUAGUAAUCCAACGAUCAAAAGAUUUGUACUCCUAAGCACAGUACUUAUUCCUCCGACAUUCCCUUCUGUGGGAAAAUAGACAAUCACGUGAUAGAUAAUUUUGAGAUGUUCAUGUAACUUAGAUUUGUCAAAAUUUGUGUUUUGAAUACCAGUGUAAGAAGUGCUCAACUUGAUUGCAGGGAAUGACCUGGCUGGUUUAUCAACUCUCCAUGAUAGGCGUGAUUACCGUAGUUUAUAUUAUUUUGUAGUGUUAGUAGAAAUGAAAUACAUUUAGGCAGUAUUUGAAAAUGUAAUUCUGGUCUGGAUUAUUUGUACGACCAACGAAUGCACAUUCUUUUGUAAUGGCAAGGAUGACGAAUGAUGUCUUCACGUCUGAUACUCAGUAUUUCGGCGUGGAUUUUAUUGACGGUGUAAGUAAUCACACAUUUCUUGGCUACCUUGAAGUAUAUUGACCAUUUAUACAGAUAUUAGGAGCAUUUUUAUAUCUGCUUUAUAAAUGUUGAUACAUAUAAAUGUUGCUACUGUGUUUCAUCCACCCUGAUUUUGAGCCAAAUUGCUGCAUGUGACAAUUUUGUUUCCUGUAGAAAAACUUCCCUUUUUUCUUCUUUUUUGCUCUAGUUUAUCGUGCUGGCGUGUGUUUUUGUCUCGUUAGUCUUCUAGGUUUGGCCGAGAGAAUGUUACAUGCAUUCUCCUGUAAAUUGGAUGGUUGUUUUUUCUGUUGUAACAGUACCAUACCAAAUGUCCGAUUUCCAGGAACGUAUGGCAAAUCCCACAAAGUGCCUUCAAAUUUUAUGUUAGUUGCUUCCCUAAAAGGGGACGUCUUGCGUUUAGAGUGUUAGGAUCCAAGUGUGUGCUUCACGUAGUAGUGCAUACAUGUUCAUGUACCUCAUUAACUCUGGUCAACACUGUUGAUCUGAAGAUUGUCCCAAAUGGCAGUAAAUCGCCCAGUUUGCUCUUUGAAAAUGUGAAAAGAAUUGAUACAACUAGAAAAAGGGUAGUUGUCACCGCUUCACACUCCAUGAUUAGCCAGCCCCAUCUUAUUUGCUAGAGAACUCUUGAGUGUGCAGAGAUAGGCUCUUCUGAACCUUAAAUACCUCCUUCAAUUUGAUUAUGUAAAUGUAAUGCAGAGUAAUGAAGUGUACUGCAAAAAGCGCUUUUGUCUUAAAAGAGUAUUCAAAGUAUUCAAGAAUGGAAGUUACCGUAAUGAAAUCUUGGAGUAAAUUUUAUGAGGAUCGAGAUUUCACGGUCACCAUUGAUUGUAUUUUUGUUACUCUUUAUAGUUAGGGAUUAUUUUAAACUCUUGUCAAAGAAUUAGAUGCGAGAAAUAUGCAAACCAAAAUCGACAUGUUCACAGCGAAAGGGUGAUAUAAGGGAUUAAGAUUUUACUCGUCCAGCUGAAGAAUGAGUUGUUUCGUGAUGAUUACCGGAGUCUUGCUGACCCAGUGAAUAGCGCCCUCUGUCUUCUUUCUUUAUGACUAGUGCUGUCACCGUUGAUCUGAUAUGAAAGAAUGGAAUAAAAUUAAUCAAAUAUUUCAAAUCUAA